GCCACCGUUGUUGCAGGCUGUCUUGUCAGCCGAUCCAUCUAUUGGAUUCUAUCAGAGCUCCAGCCCAGUUCUUUACUAGUGCCCCGGAGAGAAAGAACCCCGAACAGCUUUCGAAGAGUGCGCCAAUUCAGUUUUGCGGAUCACUAUCGGAAUAUCGGAGUUCAGCAUGAAAUUCGUCUUCUCGAGAAAACCCCCAGAUGCCGUUUGGUUAUCAACGUAGUCGAAGCAGAUUAAAGUGAAAUUCAAAAACAAUUUGUGUGUGAAGUGCAGUGCAUUAGACAUGGUAUCGCUGCUGUUAAUAAUUUAAAUUUCUAACAGCCUCAAAUCUGACUAUAUCGUCGUUUUCAAAGGCCUAGUUUCUCAAACCGUGCCAAGUUUCUAGUUUGCUUCAAAUUAUAUACCGAUUUGCCGCAUUCAAGAUGAAUAUACUUCGAAGCCUUCUUGCUGUCUUGUUCCUCAUAAUGAACGUUUUAUGUGAACAUCUAGUGGAGUUCGUCUCAAAUUACCAAACCAACAUGCAGAUAAACUACUCAUUCCGAUACUACAUAGAUCACCCACAGUCUGGUGUUUCUCUAGACCACUGGGAAAAUCGACAAGGGGACUACGUACACGGUGGCUAUGGAGUACUGGAUCCGGGAGGAUACGUCCGAACCGUGCAUUACGAAGUAGACGGAGACAGCGGCUUUCGAACGGUUAUAAAAACCACUGCUCCGGGAAGCACCUCACAGUACAACAUCCAUAGUGCCAAAAAGUCGCAACCUUCGCAACCGUUGUGGUAUGCUCAACCGGUAGCGUUCGUGCAAGGUGGCAAUAAAUCCUAGCACCAUCUUUAAGUGUGAUAACAAGCCUAACUAUUGCAACGUACGACCUAGGGUGUAGCCUACUGCCACUAGAAAACAUGCAACAGCAGCAAUAGCAAGGUUCACCGUGUUUAGGACUUUCCUUCGAGCUGUACCUCAUUUCAUCACUCUUGCACCUACCGCCCAGGAGCAGUUGCGCAACGCAUUGCACUUUCUUCGAAACUCUCGGAACGCAUGACCCACUAAUGUGGUUGUAACUUUUUAUACUAUUUCAUUGAAUGGAAUGAAUAAAUUUUGAAAAAAUAAGCAGAAUAAAGCACAGACGAGGCGUUAAUCGCUAAAGCUGUCAUGCAAUAACCGUUUAUUUGUGUAGAUUUAUUGUGAAU